GGCUUUUCCUGAUCCCUAAAUUUUACUCGAACGGUAUAAACGACGAUCCUUUUCUUAACGUGUAUACGAGAUUUAUAUAUUCAAAGACAGUACAGUACAGCACAGUACUUGUCGCAAAAAAAUUCAAGUUCAUUUACGAAUAUUGACAAUUAUUCACCAUGGAGGUAACGUCCGUCGACAAUGCUAAAGUGCCUGAUUCCGUCUACUCCAAUAGCUGCAGCAACAGCCAGUCGCAAAGCAGUGACAGUUCCAAGUCGAGGCACAGCAACAGCUCGGCAAGCAGCGGCUACUGCGGUGGAAAUCCUUCGACCCUUGGUUCUUGCAAUGUGACUAUACUCCAGCCUAUCAGCAAGCGAGAGGACAAGGAGCACAAGAAGAAAAAAUCAAAGCCGGUCAUCGUUGCUCCAGGGGAAUCGGAAUUUGCUGAAGGAGCUAAAGAGUCACCUCUGCAGGAUGGAGCAACACCGGUUCCCGCUUUCGUCGGUGUUUCCCAACAGACGGAAUCGCAAGAGACAGGAAAUGAUCGGCCGUACCUUGACAGCAAAUCGUCACCUGAAACAUCUCCUACUUACAGCGAGCUUAAUUAUUACGAGAAAAUACAAAGAUAUUUCAAAAGUCAGCCAUGCACUACUGCCAUGUACGAAAGUGAAGAAGAGAAUGGCAACGUACUAAGCAGCACUGAGGACGAGUACUUGGAUCACAGAGCCAAAAAUCCUGCGAGCAAGUACGUGUCUCCAGAAAACGGAAGUGGGGCAAGUGGCUGUGAAAGUGUUGAAAAUUCAAGCAGUGGUUCAAACAUCCAAUCCAGUUCAGAGAGUCGAAGAGACAUUUCUGUCAAGAUCCAAGACAUGACGGAUACUGCGAGUUUCAAGCUAUCCACGCUGACACAGUCUUCCCUUACGAAGCACAAGGAGGACAUGGAGAACCUAUUGUUGGAUCAUUGCAGAAAAAUCAGGUCGACGACGAAGAGCGAUAGAUUAAAAAAUACACGGCCAAACUCUGUCCUUGAGAAGUCGAGUGACUCUGUUUAUCCAAAUAAAACACCGACCUUGAAGAGGACUGGUCGUCCUAUCGAAAAUGGUCCUGGCGUCAAGGUUUCCAAACGUGACGACAUUUCCAAAGUCAAUACUUUUGCCGCAGUAUCAAGUGCUAGCUUUGUUCAACCUUCCAUUAUCAACGCUCACAGCAGUUCAAACUUCACUGCGCGAGCCUACAAUUCAGUUGGCGUUCCAUCAGCUGAAACAGCGCAGCCUUGUACCUCGGCACAAACCCAGCCAUCGCAACUUCCUAUAAUGUAUCCAACGAUUAUGCAACUGGUUCCACUUUACUACUUUGCAACACCGCGAAAUGGAUCCGUACCGACAUAUAUUCCUCAGGAACAUCCUGGGCCACCUGGGCAAAUUCAGUCACCACAUCAAACGCUCUACAACCAUUAUCUCACACCUGGCACGGCAAUUUAUCCAUCAGUCAUGGGAAUACCGACAGCAAUGGCGAUCGAAUACAGGCCGUUCAUGAUUCCACAGUCUGAUUUGGCGCCGAAAAACGUUUGCGAAACUACCCAACCUCCAAUGGAAAAGCCAGAACAAGUUCCAUGUCAAAAUCGACUGGCCAGUCAAGGAACGAGCGUUCAGGCGGAAUCUGGAAGCAUAAUGGCGGUGUCGGAGUGCACGAAAAAGGUCUUAUCUCCCGGUGAAAACAAAUGUCACAGUGAUGAAAAUGGUACCGCGGCUAAGGUCGCGAAACGAGAUCAAUCUCCAAAGUAUCACGAGGACGAUUCAAGUUGUUCUAGUAUUUACAGCAGUUCCUGGAACAAAAGUAACAACAGCAGCUUAAACCUGAACUCAAAGGAAUCCUCGGAACAGUCAAAGAGUAAUGGCAGCGAACCGACAGAUGUCUCGAACAACGACAAAGAGAUGAAAGCAUUGCGAAAGCAGCCUUCAUGGCUGGAAGGAGUCAAAUUGACUCCAGAGCUGAUUUAUCAGUAUCAAAUGGAGUCGAAGACACUACAGGAGGUUUUAGAGGCAGAUAAAAAAGUUUUGAAAAAGUUCACUCAGCCACUUCUUGUCAACGACCAGCUUAGCCAGCUGUACCUUGACUUACAGCUGGAGGGUUUUGGCACAAAACUUAUGCUUAACGAAGGCGCCAUUUUCAGUGAGAGUGCCAGUGUUACCACCACCGACGAAGCGGUGGAGGACCGUUUGGAGCAAAAAAAGGAGAAGCACUGCUCUAUGGAACAUGGGAGGCUAGUGAUGAUCCAUGACGAGAACGCCCCACUUCCAGCUUCGUAGAGCCUUGCAGCUGCUAGUGGUUCAGUGUAAUUACAGUAGUGUCAAAUCAAGAUAUAUAUUUAUAAGAAAAGAACGAAUCGCCAGCUAUAAAGGAACUUUAUCAGUUGGACGUAUACUAAAUGUAAUUAGAGUAACGAAAAUAACAGUACAGGAGAAUCUGGCCAAUCGAAUGAAAACGAAAAAUUUUUUUGAACGACGUAAUGCAAGUUUUUGCGUCGUACGUUUAAUCACAAAACGCUUGCGAUCGUAUUCACGCAGGAUGAUGCUUGAUAGCUUGAACGCUGAAAAAGCAUAUUUCCUUGUCAGUAU